CACACGCCAGUACCUUACUUACUUUUCUUUUUGCUGCACCUCAAACAACCUCCUACCUACACCCCAUCUCCCUUCACGACUUCAGCAGCAAACAUCCUUGAGACUGCCGCUCGUACUGAAAGGACUCAGUUUUGCACGACACACUCGAAUCUCGUCUCGACGGUGUCUCACUUUACCCUUCGCUACGACACCUUAUAAAGCGCAUACAACACACUCACGACAUAUACGCGGCUGGGCUUGCAACGUAGCGUCACGGCUUCGUCCAUUGACGCUUCCAACGUAGCAAGCCUGCGUCUGGUGCAUUCAUCAUGUUUCCCAUUCCAAAUCCCUCCGAUUACGAUGUCUCCACGACGAAUGGCUUCCUGCCGACCCAGGCACCACUCGAGCACCUGCCACAGUCGUACUACGAGCCCUGGGAGUAUACAAUGAAAAAUCUGCAAGGCCUGAUGUUGAGCGGGAGACUUGGCGAGACUGUGGACAAAAUGCCUGUCCUGUCCACUGAGCAGCUGGUAGGCGAAGCGCAAUGGCGGCGUGCAUAUAGCAUACUGGCAUUCAUGGCGCAUGCAUACAUAUGGGGCGGCGACAAGCCUUCCGAGCGGGUGCCACCAUCUAUCACAGUUCCAUUUCUGGCGACAUGCAAGACGCUAGAGUUACCUACUGUGGCGACUUAUGCUGGCCUUGUCCUGUGGAACUGGAAACCAAUUUUUGAUGCUGAGCGCAUGGACACGUUGGCCAACUUGGACACGAUCGAAACUUUCACCGGGGCGUUGGACGAGAAGUGGUUCUACCUGAUCAGCGUUGCCAUCGAGGCGAGAGCAGGACCCAUUGUUCCACUCAUGUUGCAUGCAGUUGAAUCUGCCAGAAAUGGAGACGCCAACUCAGUCACGGAAUGUCUUCGCACGUUUGCAGAGCGUCUUGACGAGCUCGGUGUCAUGCUAUCUCGCAUGUAUGAUAAUUGCGAUCCUCACGUGUUCUAUCACCGCAUUCGACCAUUUUUGGCUGGUAGCAAGAACAUGAAGGACGCAGGCCUUCCCAACGGAGUAGUAUUCGACAAUGGCGGCGCGAUCAACAAGCAGCGCUACGUCCAAUUCAGUGGUGGUAGCAAUGCGCAGUCGAGCAUUAUCCAAUUCUUUGAUAUUGUACUUGGUGUUGAGCACCACCCGACUGGGACGAGCAAGCAAAGUCCGCAGCCUGCUGAACGUAAGGCGAAAAAGGCAGCAGCACCCAACUUCAUCCACGAAAUGCGCCAAUACAUGCCUGGCCCUCACGCUCGAUUUCUCGAAGCGGUUACACGAGUGGCCAAUAUCCGGGCGUUCGUCGACGAGCACAAUUAUGAUCGAGAUCUUCGUCUCUCUUUUGACGCCUGUGUUGCCAUGCUGAGCGCCUUCAGAGACAAGCAUAUUCAGAUGGUCAGCAGAUAUAUCAUCAUCAAGAGCGCCGAAGCAAAGAAGGCUGCGAACAAGGCGGACGAAGCUCGGCAACAGAAGAUCAACAUCGCGUACCGGCGGCGCAAGGCGACAUCAAAAGAUGAGGGGGGUAGGGAUGUGGAUAGAUCAGAGAGAGGGACUGGUGGCACCUCGCUCAUUCCAUUCUUACGGCAGGCCCGAAACGAGACAGGCGAGCAGGCCGUAGAGGCUUGGACGCGCCGCAUCUUGAAUAACAAGGGGAGAAGUUGUGCGCGCGAUGCGCACGAGCGCCAUGUCGAGCAGGGAUUGUCUGCCGUGUGGAAAAUCGACAACGGCGGGAUAUGCUAUCAUUAGACGUGACUGCGAAAUAG